GGCCUAUUUUUUAGGGUUUGCUGAGGGCCGUCUGUGAUCCAUUUUCUGAGUCCCCCUCCUCACGACCACCACCCCCUAGAUUUUCUGCGGGAUCGAUCGGAUUCCUUCUCCCUCCCUUUAUUGUCUCUCUCUCUCUCUCUAUUUCUCCGGACGACCAUCGAUCCUUCGUCCCCCCGAUAGGAUCUGAAGGAGUGAGGUGAGCAGAGAUGGCAAAUGCAGCUUCAGGAAUGGCAGUCAGUGAUGACUGCAAACUGAAGUUCUUGGAAUUGAAGGCAAAAAGGACCUACCGGUACGUUGUCUUCAAGAUUGAGGAGAAGCAAAAGCAGGUCAUUGUCGAAACGCUUGGAGGACCAACUGAGAGUUACGAGGAUUUUGCUGCAAGUCUUCCAACAAAUGAGUGCCGAUAUGCUGUUUAUGAUUUUGAUUUUGUAACUGAAGAGAAUUGCCAGAAGAGCAAGAUUUUCUUCAUUGCAUGGUCUCCAGAUACCGCAAGAGUGAGGAGCAAGAUGCUGUAUGCUAGCUCAAAGGACAGAUUCAAGAGAGAACUUGAUGGCAUCCAGGUUGAAUUGCAAGCAACAGAUCCUACUGAGAUGGGCCUUGAUGUUUUCAGAGGGCGUGCAAACUAAACCUUGUUACUGUGGUUCGAGUAUGUGCUGCAGUCUUUGCAGUGAAGAUUCCAUUCGUACAGUUUGGAUACUUUUAAGUAAAGUGUUAAUAUUUUUGUGGGGUGUGGCUUCACUCGAUAUGCUAUCUGCUCGUUGAUUUGGAUUUACAGUACAGCACUUCUUGUGUAUGUCUUUGAAACUAUCUUGACAGUUCUCAUACAUUUUAUGACUCGGUGUUUGUGGAACAUACAUGAAAGUGGGCCUUACUUGUCGAA